AUGGAUGGUAGAUCUAUCCUGUUGUUGCAGUACCGCUUUCUGGCGCUGUGGCGCAAUACUUCACAAGUGCGACGUUUUUGGUCAGCAAAGAAAACAGGGCUCAUCGACGCAUGCGCACCACUGUCCUCCGGUAAUUAGUCCAUCAUGGCGGAUCUACUCGGUUCAAUCUUAAGCUCGAUGGAAAAACCUCCAACUGUCGGAGACCAAGAAAGCCGGCGGAAGGCCCGAGAGCAAGCUGCGAGACUUAAGAAGAUGGAGGAAGAGGAGAAACGGAAGAAAGCAGAGUUCAGGAAAAAGAUGGAAAAGGAGGUGUCAGAUUUUAUCCAGGACAGUUCACAACAAAAAAGAAAAUACAAACCCAUGGGGAAGAUUGAAAGAAGUAUAUUGCACGACGUUGCAGAAGUGGCUGGUCUGACUUCCUUUUCUUUUGGUGAGGAUGACGAGAGCCGCUAUGUCAUGCUCUUCAAAAAGGAGUUUGCUCCAUCAGAUGACGAGCUGGAAGCUUAUCGUAAAGGCGAGGAGUGGGAUCCUCUGUUGGCCGAGCAAAGGCGCAAACUCAAGGAAAAAGCUGCACUGGAGGAAGCAUCCUCCGCUCAGGCAGAGAAGUCACAGAUAUGCCCCAACUCCAACUACAGAGACAAGUACAGUCAUCUGAUUGGCACGUCGGCUGCAAAAGACGCAGCGCACACGCUGGAGGCCAACAGGUCUUACGGCUGUGUGCCUGUGGCCAACAAAAGGGACACUCGCUCCAUAGAGGAAGCCAUGAACGAAAUUAGAGCGAAGAAGCGGCAGAGGAGAGAGGGCGACACAGCAGCCCAGAGCAGCUCUUCUUGAACCUUCUCUGCUUGCGUGUUGUUGCAGUGUGAGAGUGCAGUUGUGUGUCUGUGUGCACAUCAUCUAUCAUGUUCUUCAGAUGAGGAUGCUCAGGUGAGGCAUCCUUGAGGAGGAGGGUGUUAUUCAUGUUUUUCAUUCUGCAAAUUAUACACAGUCUCAUGCAGAAAUGGACAAUGUCAGUAUAACAAACAGGUUGCAAUGUAUUUAUUUUUCAUGUGCAGAAUCUGAAAAAAAGAUAAUUUUUUAAAGCUGACUUUGGCUAUCUUUACUAUUUUAAGACCCCAAAUAAAAUUACUGAUGUAUGUAGAUGUAUAACUAAAAAAAGUCACAUCCUUGGGUGCAAAGGAUGGUGGGUUUUUUCAGUUUUUGUUUUAAGAUGUUGCUGAAAAACUUUUUUAACAAGAAAUGUGGUCGCCUUCCUUCAAACUGCUUAGAUGUGGGUUUUUAUUUUUUUGUUUUUUUUGGCAAUGUUUUUAUUUACAGCCAAUUUUAGAAUUUUAGAAGUUUGAUCCAGUCAUGUGUCAAAAGAAUAUCUUCAAAAAUGUAUUAAACUCCCAGAAAUGUCAAAUAGUCUGAUAUAUGUAUAUUUUUUCAUUUACCGUUUCUUUACAUUUGCACUGAUUUGUAUCAGCUGUAACAAUAAUGAAACCAGAGCUUACCUGAAACAUCAAGCUGAUGGGCAGAAACCUGCUUCCCAAGAGGUGUAUUUUAAAAAAGAUUGCACUGUUUUAUCCCCCAAAUGUGGUAAUAAAUGGAAAUGAGUGUUGAACCAUC